GCUCCGGCUUCUCGAGGCGGAGGUGUGCUCAUGUUCAAGCUCUGCUCUUUCCUUAUCGCGACGAGGGGUCUUUCCGCCGACCAGGAUUUCCACUACCAAUGAGCCCUGCUCCCAAGUCUGGAUUGCACGAGUCCUAGAACGUCCAAUGCUCUGGAAUGAGUCUGUUUUAUGUUCCUGAUUUUUCAAGGUUGCCCGGCUGCCAAGCAACACAAACGUACGGACUGGCGCCCCAACAAUCCAAGUGCUCCUGAGAUUCACUUGUGUACUUGUGUCUUGUCUGCUCCUUGCACAGAGUCGUCCUUUUUCUUUAGUUGCAUGUUUGCUGUCUCGUCUUGAAACAAAGGAGCGCCGACAACGUCAGCCCAAAACUCUUUCACUGCUUCCAGUCUACCUACCACCGAAAGCGAGGACGCACAUCGUUUUUCGUGUUCGCCUCCUCCUUGGUGGGUUUCAUCCCUUCUUCUUUUCCCCAUCUCGUUCUGAAAAGCAGAACUCGUUUGUGCGUUCCUCGCUUCUCCCUGUGUUCCCUCCGCCUGCGUCUUUUUUUUUCACAACAGGAAAGUCGGAGUUUCGCCGACGCAAAAGACUGUCCCUGUUGCGAGACCUGACCGCCUGUCUUCUCCGCCCCGGACUUCCUUUCUUUUCUGUAAACCGGAAGCCGCAAACUCGAUAAACGUCGCUGUCUGGAUAUUUCUUUUCCGAGCACGAGAAAAGGACCGCCUCCGCGCCCUUCUCCUCCCCUCUCUUCGGGUGUCUCGGCCAUCUUUGCAAUUUUCUUCACCUCCUGUGAGACACGAAACAUGGCGCCUGGAGUGACUCAGGCAGAGUUCCAGCGAGAGCUGCAGGAGGCACAGGCGGCUCUCGCUCGUGUGCGGCAGGAGCAGAAGGCAGAAAGGAACUUGCAGGAUGCGUGGAAACUUAUUCAGAAAGUCAAGAUGUUUGUUACUCUCUACCCUCUCGGCGACUUCACCGACCCUGCCCUUCUCAAGGCUGUGGCUCUCGUCGGUCGGGAGUGCUUCGAGCUUGCUACUCUCCUCAGCGUCGCAGAGAUGCAAGAGCAGCUCCGCGGACUGGAAGGAGGCGCUGCGGAUAUGGUCGAUGAGCCUCUGGCUGGCGAGGAAGACUUCGAGCGGCACAUGCUCAUGCUGCUUCCCUACUACACGGACUACGCAGAUCUGCUGCCUCCGUCGGAACACCACAGCGAACUCCUGUGUCUCUACCUCCUCUAUUUCCUUGCCUGCAACCGAAUCGGAGAAUUCCACAUGGCUCUUCAGCUGCUCGCCCCUCAAGUUUGCGCAGACCCGCUGGUCGCCGAAGUACUGGCGCUGGAGCAGCACCUCAUUGAGGGAAGCUACGCGUUCAUUUCCGAUUUGCAGAGAUCAGAGGGUCGGGGGGUGUCCGGGAGCAAGAUGAAGAUCGGCGCGGCUCUGCCUUCUGCCCACGUCUUCAUCGAGAAGCUGGUGAAAACGGUCCGGCUGAAGGCUGCGGCCUCUCUGGAGAGAGCGCACGACCAGGUGGACGUACAGUACGCGCUGAAGACUCUGAAUCUACGGAGUGUGCAGGAGUUGCAGGCGUUCGUCGAGAUCCACAAUUUCGGGAUGCGCCGAGAAAGUUCAAAGGACCUUCACGCAGAAAAAACAAGUGGGCACCCAGGCGUCUUCUCUCAAGGCUCGCUCUACCACGCAGAAGGCGCAGGAGCGCCCGGCAGCGUCAGUACGUUGGCAGCAGGCGUCGGCUCUGGGAGUUUCGCGUCUGCUGUCAGCUUCGCUGCGCCUGGAGAGGUCGCGGUGGAGUGGCAGCUCGAAGGAGAUCUGCUGAAGUUCCGCAGAAGUGGAGGAAACAACCGAGCGCCGCAGCACUGCAGCAUUCAGGCCGUCGACGUCAUCGGAAACCUCAUAGGGUACGCCACGGAGCUGGAGAGAAUUGUUUAGAGAAGAAGCAGUCGCGUCUGGCACGCUUUGACUCUUUCUUCUCUGAGAUCCUCUCUUCAAAACGGCCCAGGCGCUGGAGGACCAGCCUCGUCUGUCCAACUGGUGUCGCUCCUUCUCGAGCCUGGCUGCCUCGGAGAAAAAGAGUGCAGUCUUCAGGCUCUGAGAAAAUCCUGUGCUAGCCAGUCUAGACAGCCUGAACGCUAAACGUUUGUCUCCUUGGUCGACCUCUUCCAGGUCUGUGUCCGCGGCCUCAAACUCGACUGCGCUUUUCUGACGCUUGCGUCAGAAGUGAUCGUCGGAGACUGGCGUCCACCGUGGGGAGGGCCGAGAGCUGACGCGAAGUCUGCUUGCACAUCAGAGGCCAACGAGAGAGACGAAGAAGAGGAGUUGGCCGCGGAGUUUGAGAGAACCGCGGGAGAAAAGCGCAAGAGCUGAGGCAACGACCCGUAGUUCUCCUCGACCGAUAGUCUCCAGGUGAUGGCCGCUACGCACGGCGCCCAGAACAAGAGAUGCAGCCUGAACUAUCUCUUUUCCGGGGAACGGUCUCGCUGUUGGCAGGCUCUCCAAGAACCUGAAACAAUGGCGCCAGAGAAACAGCGGGGGAUACACGACUCGGAUUGGAAACCAGAGGCGAGAGAGUUCCUGAGGGCGCGCCGAGAGAAUCGCAGGCGAGCGAGAGGCGUGGAAGGGUACAAACUGAGACAGGGACAUGUACAGAGAUGCAAACGCGCAAAAGAACAGACUGUGAGACUGCCCAGGCGUGGACAGUUGGGGGAACUGCGGCCUCAGUCUGCUUAGGGAGGUUCACAGGAAGUGCUUGAGAACUGUUUAGAGGCAACAAUAACAGACACUACACUCUUCAACUGUUCAACACUGCCCGGAUAGUCAGGACAAACACUUGCGAGAUUUCCACGGUGGAUCCCGACGAACCAUCCUGGCUGUGUCAGGGAAAGAGACUCGUUCUUUGGGAACGGACACAAGGCCCUGCAAACGUCUAAAACAUCUCGCACCCGCUUCGACGACACAGUCGCAAUCUUCCAUUCUUUCUGCUGACGGAGUCACCUAGUAGAUUGUCUUCACUCCUGUUGCUUGGUGGAUGAUGGCAUUCUUCUUAAAUUCACGAAAGGACCGACUUCGAGCAGAAGCAGAGGUGGAUUGUGUGGGCUCACCGAACCACGUACACUCUUCUACGUACACCUGCCAGUGGCGGUGAUGAUCGACGCGACAUUCUCUUUCUAAACUCGGG